GAAGUGUUAACAUCAACAAUUUAGAAAAGAAUAAUGUAAUUUACACUUUAGUUCAAAAUGUUCCUAGUGAGAUUAAGGAGGCUACAGAUUAAAUUAAAACGAAAUCUGACAUGGGCUACAAUCAGACUUGGUGUCAUUUUCAUGUCAUUAAUUAUCAUUUAUCGUAUAAAUUUCUCCGAAACCUACAUUAAUGGAUAUAUUAUGAAAUAUAUGAGACAAGGUAGAGAGGUUGUAAUAAGUGGGUCACCAAUAAUGACCACAAGUCAUCUUUCUUCAAUUUACAGUGUAAUUAAUCAAGAUAAAAUAGUCUUAAGACAUAAGGAUAAACACCCUGGCAACAAGGAUCAAAUUUCUGGCAAUAAGGAAGCAUACCCUAGCAAUAAGGAUCAAAUUGUCAAUAAGGAUACAAACCCUAGCAACAAGGAUCAAAAUUCUGGCAAUAAGGAGACAUACCCAAGCAAUAAGGAUCAAAGUGGCAAUAAGGAUACAAACCCUAGAAAUAAGGAUGAAAUCCCUGGCAAUACGAGUACAAUCCAAGGCAAUAAAGAUAUAAUCGUUGGCAAUAAGAAUACAAGCAAGGUGUUGAUUGUUGGGUACAUGAAAGGAGGUUCCUCUCUUAUGGGGGAGGUGUUUAACCAGAAUGCAGCAGCAAUGUACUGGUUUGAGCCACUUUUUGGUUUCUAUGGAGACCUCUACAACAUGGUAUACUCAAUGGCUCCAUGGUUACCAAAACAAUACAGAAAUGGAACCUUGAGGAGCCCGCCAUUGGAUGAAGAGACUAUGAUGAUGACAUUCUUCCGCAACCUUUUCGCUUGUAACCCUUACGAGUUGCCAGUUGAGCUAUUAUCUUCAAUUGAUUUUGUGAUACCAGUUGAUUCAAUAUCAUUUAAACAAUACACUAACUGUGUGGAGCGCACAUACAACUCAACCAUGCAUGCCCUAUGUAAACAACCCGUUGAAACAUGUCAUGAGAAAUAUAUGCGUAAAUAUCUACAAGAAUCUUGCAAAACACCCGACAUUUUUAACCUAACAUUGCACUCACACCGCCAGAUACAAAUCAGUAAAAAUUGUUUAAAAAAGCAAAAACAGGAAAUCCAGUCGUGCUUAGGAACUUAUGAGAAAUCGUGCCAAUCUGUGAAUAUUCUAGCUGCUAAGACGAUACGAAUGUCAAUGAGAAUGGUAGAGCCACUACUUCAACAGAGUCCUGAUAUGAAAAUAAUUCACUAUGUAAGAGACCCGCGGGGAAUCCAAGAAUCACGAGGGUUGCGACACAUGUAUGGAUUUAGUUUGAAUGUUACGGAGUCAGGGAGACAUCUAUGUAGCCUAAUGAGAGAUGAUAUAUCCGUUGUCAAGAGAUUGAACAGGGAGUACAAUGAUGCAGUGAUUCAGGUUAAAUACGAGGACCUGGCUUUGAACAAUGAAGACAAGAUUCGGAGGAUAUACAAACACAUAGGACAGGACGUUCCCGUGAGUUUACUGAAAUGGUUCAAAUCAGUUGGACAUACCUGUAACAGUAAUGUGGAGGACUGCACAAAGGCCAAUAGCAGACAAGGAAGGUGGACAGAGAAACUGACUAAUACAACUAUGAACUUGUUAUCAACUUAUUGUCAAGAUGUUUUACAGUAUUUUAAAUAUGAAGUCGAUCUUAAUUGAAAUAUAGAUCUAUUCCAAAGACAAGGUUUCAGUGCAGAGGGCCACUUGAAAAUGUGGCCAAUGUGUAUUUGGUCUCCUUGCUCUCAUCCUAAAAUACUCGCAAAAUUUUGGCUUGCAUCAUCAGUGAAAAACUCAUCGAUUUUGCUGUUACAGUAUAUGGGGG